AUGGGGAAUACUGAAAGUAAUGUCACGAGUGGUGUUAAAAAACAAGCUGGAGUCUCCACACAGGCUUUAUAUAAAUUUGUAAAUCUUAAAGGCGGUGGUCUUUUAGUCGAUAUGAUGAAACGUGCUUGCCAGACAAAACAAUUCGCUGAAAUAGAUCAUGCUAUCAAGACUAAAGUGGAGCCUUUUUUAUAUAACAAAGGAGCUGGUCGUUACUUCCCUAUUUCCAAAAUGGUUUUAUUACGUAAUAAGGAAAGAGCAAGAACGAAGCAACUACCAGAGAUUAGAGCAUUAGAAAAUCCUGAUGAUGAUUUUAACAUACACGACUAUUGUUCAGAAGUUUCAGAAGCCGAAUACAUAUCAAAUCCGAGUGCCUAUCGGUUUGUGUGCUGGAAUUUAAAUGAACGAGGAGCAGUUGGAGAAACUAUUUUACAUUUGUGUUUAUUGAAUGCGUCUUCUUUGCAUGCCGACUUAGCUAAAAGAUUGUUGAAAUUCUAUCCAAAACUCAUAAUGGAUAUUUAUCUUAGUGAUGAAUACUACGGCGAAAGUGUACUUCACAUAGCUAUAGUCAAUGAAGAUCCUGCAAUGGUGAAAUACCUUUUAGACGCUAAUGCGUAUGUAGAAGAAAGAUGUUGUGGAGCCUUUAUGUCUGCAGAAGACCAAAAACCUUCUCGCUAUGACUCCCCGGAUCAUGAGUACGUUGGCGUGAAUCCCAUAACUAACUACGAUGGUUAUGUUUAUUGGGGAGAGUUUCCUUUGAGUUUCGCUGCCUGUCUAUCUCAGGAAGAAUGCUUUCGGUUGGUUUUAGCAAGGGGAGCAGAUCCUGAUUUACAAGACACGAAUGGCAACAACGUAUUACACAUGAUGGUUAUAUAUGAAAAAAUUGAUAUGUUUGAUGUUGCUUACGAAGUGGGGACUAAUGUGCAUCAACGAAACGUUCUCAAUCUAACACCCCUAACACUCGCUGCCAAGUUGGGAAGAGUCGAGAUGUUUUUUCAUAUAAUGAGUAUUGAACGUGAAAUAUAUUGGCAACUGGGUAGCAUAACUUGUGCAGCAUACCCCCUUUCAAAAAUUGAUACAAUCGAUGUAAAAACGGGCAAUAUAAACAAGGAUUCCGCUUUGAAUUUUGUGGUUUUUGGCGAUAAAUUAGAACAUUUGGAGUUAUUGGAUGGCGUUGUUAUAGAUCUCUUGAAAACUAAAUGGGAUACUUUUGUAAAAUCCCGUUUUUACAAGCAGUUUUACAUGUUUUCCUUUUAUUUUUUAUUUUCUUUAGUUAGCUUUAUUUCACGACCAGGACCAGAUGAACAUGAAGUGGAAGACGACAACCGAGAGACAACAACCGAAACGAGUAAUAUGUCAUUUUAUACACAACAAUAUUCUUCCGUUACAAAAACAAUCGAAAAUAAUUUGCCUUAUAAAACGUUUUGGCUUAAUUUCAGCGAGUAUAUUGAUGAUGAACGUGAUGAUAACAAUUUGCCUUCCUGGUGGAGUAGUUAUGAGAACUGUCCUUUAAUGAAUAUGGAGUCGAAUUUGGCCAAGAUACGAAUUAUUUCAGAAAUAGUAAUAUUUAUUGGUGCCAUAUUGUAUCUGUUAUCUGCUUUACGAGAAGCCCGAUUUUUGGGCUAUAAAAUGUUUAUUGAGAAUCUAAUGACGGCGCCAUCAAGAGUUAUGUUUCUAUUUUCGUGUUGCCUUAUGAUGACUAUUCCUUGGUUGAGAUUAUCAUGUUUAACGGAGCUAGAUGAUCAUGUAGCAGUUUGUAUUAUGCUAACAACCGCACCGUACUUUCUCUUCUUUUGCCGGGGAUUUAAAACUGUUGGACCUUUUGUCGUGAUGAUAUAUCGAAUGGUUAUGGGUGAUUUAAUUCGUUUUGUAUCCAUUUACUUGGUGUUUGUUAUGGGUUUUUCCCAGGCAUAUUACAUUAUAUUUUUAACUUUUGAUAAUCCUGCAACUCCAGAAGAGAUUGACGAUACAGGUACAAAUCCCAUGCCUUCACCGAUGGAAUCCGUCGUGGCAAUGUUUUUAAUGUCCCUUACCAACUUCGGCGACUAUUAUGGGGCUAUGUCUUCAACGCAACAUGAAGCUGAGGCGAAGAUACUUUUCUUUCUGUUUAUGGUCAUAGUUAGUGUGUUGUUAGUCAACAUGUUAAUUGCUAUGAUGGGUAAUACAUAUCAAAAAAUAGCUGAGAUUCGCAAUGAAUGGCAAAGACAAUGGGCACGAAUCGUGUUGGUGGUCGAACGAAGUGUCCCGCCUGCAGAAAGACUAAAAAAUUUCAUGCAAUAUUCCCAGCCAAUGUCAGAUGGCAGAAGAGCCCUAGUGUUACGUUUAAAUAUGAGUGAUGAAGAUAAAGAAGAAAUGAAAGAAGUCCAAGAAAUGAAGCGAAUUCAUGAACGGUUUUCGAAGAAAAGGCAGCAAGAAAGAGAAGCUCGCAGUAAAAGGAGGCAAGAGGAGUAUGAAAAAUUCUUUGGAGCUGCAUCCGAAAAUCAUGAAAAUAAUAACUAAUUAUCGCAUUUACGUAAAAUAAUAUUUUAAAUAAGGAUACAUUUUUCUGUAACCGCUGGCACACUAACAUUGACUAUGAGUCAAA